AUGCAGGGCCUGGGCGUGUGUGCGUGGAGGGCUUGUAUGGCGACAGAGCGACAGACACAGUGGCACGUCCUGGCUGGUGGCCGUCAGCAGUUUAUUCGGUCGCGCGCGUGGCCAAUCGGACGCCGCAGCCUUCCGCCAUACAGCCAGCGCAGUGGCAGCUCGCACGGCUAUCUUUUACCGACUUUUCCCUCUGUCGCACCCACCUGCUCCUUCCCAUCCCGUCGCGCAUCACCAGGGCAGCUCCCCACCCCGCGACCGCGACCAGCAGCCACGCACACACACAGUAUGGACGCCGCCAUGGACACCCGCUAUGCGCGCCCGUGGACGCCGCCCUCGGAGAUGGACCGCGACGACGCGCGCUCCGACUACUUCUCCGACCCCUUCCGCCCCUCGAGCGUGUCGUCGCGCGUCAGCCUGCGCAGCCGCCGCUACGACUCGUCGACCGAGUCGUCGCGCGCAAAGACGAGGGAACCCGCGCCCUUCACGCCCAAGCGCGCCUUCAGCGACCACGCGCCACGCUAUCCCUUCACGCCCGACAGCUCGCAGGUCCUGCGCUCCCACAGCUCCACCCCCUACACGCCCACCUCGAACCCCUUCACGCCCGACAGCUCGCAGAUCCUGCGCACCCGCUGCUCCACGCCGCUGUCGCCCAUCCCGUGGCACGAGGACCAUGACGACGCCGACCUGCCCUACGACGCCUCGCCCGUCCAGACCGCCCUGUCGGCCUGCAUCUCGCAGUUCGAGCACCUGAUCCAGACGCGCCGUCCCACGCACGACCAGAUGGAGUACAUUGUCGGCCAGUUCGAAGCCAUGGCCAGCCACCUCUCCACCUCCGCCGCCGAGAGCCCGUGCCCGCGCCCCUUCCCAAAGCACACCCUGAGCGGUACCUUUGACAGCCCGGAGGCUGCGCGCUUGGACGAUGCUGCACGCGUCGACAAAGAGUACGUGGCUAAAGUCGGGCGGUAUGUGAAAGCCGUGGCUAAGUACAUCAGGGAUCUCCAGCAGCGCAUGGAAGAGGUCAAGUCCCUCAACACGAUCCAGCAGGAAGUCAUCGAGGAGCUGCGUCACCAGAUGAAGUUUGUCGAGCAGGGCGUCAAGAACGCAGUCGUCGUCGACGAUGACCCACAGCACGAGGAAGACGCGCACACCAUCCAAGGCGAAGAUGAAGAGGAGCACGCCGACAAGCCCGCCGACCAAGAAGACCUUGCAUACUGGAAAGACGCAGACAACGAAGUCGAGAAGAAGAAGGAGGAGCAGGAGGAGGAGAAGCCCACAAUGCGCGAAUUCAGCACCCAGACCUCGCCCCCCUCCACCCCUCCCACUCGCACUCGCAAAAUCCUCGUCAUGCGCCAGAAACCCAGCUUCUGGGCCUCAUUCGGAGAGGCCCUCGACGCUUUUGGCGCCUCGCUCUUCGACCACUAG